UGGAAAAUAUAAAAGACGAAAUUAAACGCCUGAUAGCCGCAUAGUGCUUUGUGAGAUUUAUGAGGAAAAUAAAGAUGAUUCCAAAAUCUCUGCUGCUUCUUUUUGUGGCGUUUCUUGUCCACCAAGUAGUCAUCGGCUCUCCUGUUGAAGAACAGUCAAAGGACUUGCGGAAUUUUGUUGACAUUAACGGUACCACAUACUUCUUCGACGGUUCAAAUGAACACUCUUGGAUUGCCGUCAGAAACUGCGGUUUCAAGAAUAUGACUGUGAUUUCCUUUGAGGAGCCUGGAAAGUGGGAGCUGAUUAGGUCUUGGAUUUUAGAUCAAGGUACUUACAACUACAGCCACUUCUGGACCAGUGCAGUGAAGGCUGCAAAUACCGACACUUACAACUGGCAGCCAUCCGGUGCGGAGGUCACUGAAUUUGACUGGAGUUACAGGAAACCUUCCAUCACGGACAACUCAGUUGACCUUUGCCUCGCCUUCUACCCUGACCCAAUCCUCGGAGGCCACGAAGAUGUUUAUUGCACUGAAUAUUUAAUGAAGUAUAUUUGCGAAUAUCCGUAGAAAUUUUGAUAAAAAGAGGAUUGAAUAAAAGAAGAAGAAAAAACAAUAAAGAUUCAAUAAAAUCAGAAAACAAAUUUUUUUUUUGUAGGGAUGUUUUUUUUUAAUAAAUUUUGAGCAAAUUGUUACCUUUUGUAA